UUACUAUAAUAACUAUUACUUACUGAGUAUAUUCUAUAUAUAAGACUAUCUAUAGUCAUAUAUUAUAUAUAGAUCUAUAAUGAAAAUAUACCAAUAUGAAAAUAUUAUAUACAUAAUACGGUUUGGAUGUUUGGAUAAACUUUCAUAAAGUAUCAGUUUAAAGCAACAGUGAGGUGGGUUUUCAUGGUUCUCCUAAAUUUGACUAGAGUAACAACUUUAGUAAAAUCACUAAAUUUAGAAAGCCUUCAGGAUAGAAAACUCAAAAGUAAAUUAGCAAUUUAUACUAUAAAGUAAAAUGUAAGGAGUAUGUAUGUCCCGAAUAGAAAUCAAAACCGUUUGACCAAUCUUGAUGAAACUUGGCACAAAUGUUCCAAUGGGUACUAACUGGAACCUCAACUUAUGUACCUAUAGUAGCCCUAAAACAUACUUAAGACCCUAAAAAAAGGUUGCCCAACUCUAUGAAAAUAUUACUAUUUCAUGGAUCUAUAGGCCAUGUUUACAUGAGACAAGAUCGAAAGUAUCUAGAUCUAAUUUUUAAAACUACACUUCGCGCAGAUAGUUUUUUACUUUGACACAUGAAAAUACAAAAUAUAGUCUAUUGAUUUCAUUAUUUAAUCAAAUUAACCUUCAAAUUUGCAUUUUUACAUAAAUUUGUUUCUUAUAUCUGCGAAUUUAGACGUCCUGACAUACUUUAUAAUCCCAUUCAUUUAACAAAUUGGGUAAACUUGUUUUAAUUGUACUUUAUAGCCCAUUCAUCUCACGCUCCCUUUCAUUUUAAUAGCUAAAGAUAUGUCUAUUCGCUUUUGACAAAUCUGGUAAAUCCACUUCCAUAGUAUUUUAUAUUUGAUAUGGAUGUGAACCCAUUUUCGCAAAACAACUUUUAUUUUUGUGUCGAAAGAGAAAAACUUGAAAGGAACAUUAGCUAAGUUUAACAUAGAUCUAAAUUCAAUCCACUAGAUUAGUAAUACAUAAACUAAGGCCACGGGUAAUGUCCAGCUAGUUAUACAUAAAACACUGAACCAUAAUCUUCAAAUACAAAAACAAAAUUUAAUAAAAUACUAAGAAAGACACAAAGAUAAAGGCACAUUUCUCGUUCCAUAUGCGAAGACAAAUUUGUACAAAUGCUCCUUCCUCCUUAGUGCUAUUAGAGCAUGGAAUGGGUUGCCUGAGCUAGCCAGGAAAAGCAGUGACUUGGCAGAAUUUAGGUUAUUGGUUAAUAUGCAUGAAUAAAUUCAUGACGCAUAGGACAUAAUCAUCUUCUUUUUUGAAGUAAGGACUGUAUUAUAUAAGAUAAGAUGGAUAGCCAUCCUAGGCUAAUGAGCCCCCUCCUGCCCAAAGCUUACUGAUUUAGGCAUCAGUUGCUUUUGCACCUUCUUCUGUCAGUGAUAACAGUGCUUGCCGAACUCGAAGCAGUAUCUGAGCCACAUUUGAAGACAGGAGUUGGACUUGUUUUCACAGGCAUAUAUUUUGUGACAGUACGCACUAGUACUGCGUACCGGCACAUUUUUCAAUGUGGGAAAAAAAAUCUAGUAGUGAAGUCUUAAUGGAGCGAACUGUUGGAACACUUACUAUACCAUAUGAAAAUGCUGUUGCCAAUUUAAAUUGGAUUAAGAUUAUUGGUGUUGGAAGUUGCAAUGUGGGAAAAACAUCAUUAAUCAAACAUUUCUGUGAAAGUAAGUUUACAUCUAACUAUCAGCCCACAGUGGGCGUAGAUUACGGAUUUAAAGUGGAAAAUAUCAACGGCUGUGAUGUCAGAGUAAACAUUUGGGACUUUUCUGGUAGUACUGACUAUUUAGAAGUGAGGAAUGAAUUGUAUUCAAAAACCAAUGGAAUAUUUUUAGUGUUUGAUGUCACCAAUGCAACAACUUUUGACUCUUUAGACCAAUGGUUAAGAGAAAUCACUCAAUAUUCUUCAAACAGUGCUCAAAUUUUCAUUGUUGGUAAUAAGGAAGACAAAGUCAAGUUCUAUGAAGGCCUCAAGGAUGCCAUUGCCAACAUUCCUCAAAAAGAGCACAUGGUCAUUCUAGGUGACUUGAAUGCCAGACUAGGAUCAGAUCACGCCAUACUGCCUUCGGCUUUUUGGAAUCGGCAGGAUGUUUGUGUCUCCUACUAUUUCAUGAAUCUAUGGUAUCGUCAAUAGUUUUAGAUUCAGGAUGUGAUUGAACAAGCUUGUUGCUUAUUUGUUGUUGUUGUUUUUUUUUAUCUUAACACUGCUAGAAAAUAUUAAUAAAUGAAGUCAUUCCUAUUGCAGUUUCUUUUUUGUAAACAAGGUUCAAAAGCCUAGAUGACUGACUCAACCCUUAUUCUAAUUAUAGGUCCUAGGGAUGAUAAAAAUAAUUACUGGCAUUAAUAGUUAUUGCUUAAAAUACUUAGGAUAACUCAAAAUCAGUUACCCACUCUAAAUUAUUCUUUUUCUUUAUUUCACUCCAACUUU